UCUCCACUCUCAGAGCAAACCAUUGUCCCGGAGGAAACAGAACAGAUCAGAGCAGAGUCGUUGGCGGCGAUGGCGCUCAAGAUCUCCUUCCCCGGUGAGCUCGCCGGCGCCUCCAUUCUUGAGUCCCCCAGUAGUGGAGCUUUCCGCCACCUCCGUCAAGCCGUGGACUUCACGUUCCGAAAGAGGGACAAAAGAGCAGCCUUUCUUAGAAGGACAUGCUGUUCUAUGCAGCAGGGCCCUUCGCCCGCCUGGCCUGGCCGAGCUGUCGCAGAACCUGCGAGGAGGUCAUGGGAUAGACCAAAGCCCAUCUCAAUCAUCGGCUCAACUGGUUCCGUUGGAACACAGACGUUGGCCAUAGUUGCGGAGAAUCCUGAUAAGUUCCGAGUUGUUGCUCUUGCUGCUGGCUCCAAUGUGACUCUUCUCGCUGAUCAGGUGAAAAUGUUCAAACCAAAUCUGGUCGCUAUAGGAAACGAGUCGUUACUUAAUGAGCUAAAGGAAGCAUUAGCUGACUGUGAGUACAUGCCGGAAAUUAUUCCCGGGGAGCAGGGUGUCAUAGAGGUCGCCCGCCACCCGGAUGCAGUUACAGUAGUUACCGGCAUAGUAGGGUGUGCAGGACUGAAGCCUACAGUUGCAGCAAUUGAAGCUGGGAAAGAUAUUGCAUUGGCGAAUAAAGAGACACUCAUCGCAGGUGGUCCUUUCGUGCUUCCGCUUGCACACAAGCACAAUGUGAAAAUACUUCCCGCUGAUUCUGAGCACUCUGCAAUAUUUCAGUGUAUACAAGGCUUGUCUGAAGGAUCGCUUCGUCGCGUUAUUCUGACUGCCUCUGGUGGUGCAUUCAGGGACUGGCCAAUUGAGAGGCUGAAAGAUGUACAAGUUGCUGAUGCUUUGAAGCACCCAAACUGGAAAAUGGGGAAGAAAAUCACAGUAGAUUCUGCUACUUUGUUCAACAAGGGCUUAGAAGUUAUUGAGGCACAUUAUUUGUUUGGUGUUGAAUAUGAUAACAUUGAGAUUAUGAUUCACCCGCAGUCUAUCAUACACUCUAUGAUUGAAACAAAGGAUUCAUCUGUCCUUGCUCAGCUGGGAAGGACAGACAUGCGGCUACCUAUCCUAUACACCUUAUCUUGGCCAGAAAGGGUCUAUUGUUCUGAGGUCACCUGGCCCCGGCUAGAUCUUUGCAAGCUGGGCUCGCUAACAUUCAAAGCUGUCGACAACGUGAAAUACCCAUCGGUUGAUCUCGCAUAUGCUGCAGGGCGAGCCGGGGGCACCAUGCCAGGAGUUCUGAGUGCCGCUAAUGAGAAGGCCGUGGAGCUGUUCAUCGACGAAAAGAUCAGCUACCUGGACAUCUUCAAGGUGGUAGAGAUGACGUGUGAUGCGCACCACAACGAACUGGUGACAAGCCCGUCGCUCGAGGAGAUCAUACAUUACGACCAAUGGGCAAGGAAGUUCAGUGCAACCCUACAGCCAUUGUCAUCCAGGCGGAGCACUGUGCUGGUGUAAGGCCGCAUUUGGGAAGCGCAACGUUUUUUAAUGUAUUUUGGUAUCUAUCUAUCUAUCUAUUAUAUUAUUAAGAUGAUAGAAAACGAACGGCUGAGAUUCAACAGUAUAAAGUUCAGAUAUUGGACUGUUAGGAUUUAUCAAAUAGGAACUCCCGUUAUGUAAGUCUGGUUGGCUAAAGAAACCAUCUAAAAAAAGUUGCUAAAAAUAGUUCGAUCGGCCAA